GUCUGUCCAGGCCCGGCCCAGCCCAAGCCGUGCGCCUCGACUAUAUAAGCGGGCAGGCGAGCCCGUCCCGCACGCCGACGCUAGUCUUGCGAGCCACGAAAGAAACAGAUCUAGUAUUUGGUAGCCAGUUCGUCUCUCGCCGCCGCCGGCCGUCUUCGAGAUCCGAUCCGGUCGAUCAUCCCAUGGCGUCGGCGUCCGCGUCGUGGUCGAAGCGGUGGAUCCGCCCCGAGGUGUACCCGCUGUUCCUGGCGACGGGCGCGGCCGUCGGCAUCUGCGCGAUGCAGCUCAUCCGCAACAUCACCGGCAACCCCGAAGUCAGGGUGCUCAAGGAGAAGCGUGCGGCGGGCGUGCUGGAGAACCACGAAGAGGGGAGGAGGUACUCGCAGCACGGCUUCAGGAAGUACAUCGACGGCAAGAAGCCAGAGAUCAUGCAGAGCCUCAACUCGUGGAUGGCGGACCCAAAGGAGUAGAUCGUCGUGGCAGCAGCACCGAUCCAUACCGGCCGACGGAUGAUUUGGUCGGCCGCACCAUUUGAUAUAAUUCUUCUUGAUGAUGAUUUGAUAAGUUGUUACCGUGUGAUUGUCCUCUCGGUACGUUUUUGUAUCACCACACACAUAUAUAUAUGUUCUUAACAAACAAACAUGCAUGGCAUGAUGUUGUGGCCUGGCUGUGUGAACAGGCCUGUUGAAAGUUUUGAUCUCAUAUGGACGCAGAUAUAAUGUUUCGUCUCCUUCUGAAUAAUAUUGACAACUGCAUGCGACGGGUAUACGUUUAAAUUUC